GGAAGGAUACCUUCCCGCAUCCUUCCCAGUAUAGCCCUCCUUCCGUCCCACACCCAGUACCCUCUACCAGUACCACCCUCUCCCACUACCCACCUCUCCCACUACCCACCUCUCCCACUACCCACCUCUCCCACGACCCACUACCCACCUCUCCUACGCCCACGCCCACUACCCACCUCUCCCACUACCCACUACCCACCUCUCCCACGCCCAUCUACCCACCUCUCCCACGCCCAUCUACCCACCUCUCCCACGGCCACUACCCACCUCUCCCACGCCCACUACCCACCUCUCCCACUACCCACUACCCACCUCUCCCACGCCCACUACCCACCUCUCCCACGCCCAUCUACCCACCUCUCCCACGCCCACUACCCACCUCUCCCACGCCCACUACCCACCUCUCCCACUACCCACAACCCACCUCUCCCACGCCCACUACCCACCUCUCCCACGCCCACUACCCACCUCUCCCACUACCCACCUCUCCCACGCCCACUACCCACCUCUCCCACUACCCACAACCCACCUCUCCCACGCCCACUACCCACCUCUCCCACUACCCACAACCCACCUCUCCCACGCCCACUACCAACCUCUCCCACGCCCACUACCAACCUCUCCCACGCCCACUACCAACCUCUCCCACGCCCACUACCCACAACCCACCUCUCCCACGCCCAUCUACCCACCUCUCCCACGGCCACUACCAACUCUCUCCACUACCCACUACCACCUCUCCCACUACCCACUACCCACCUCUCCCACGCCCACUACCCACUACCCACCUCUCCCACGCCCACUACCCACCUCUCCCACGCCCACUACCAACCUCUCCCACACUUCACACAAUCUGA